AUGGGUAUGAUGUACGGCGAUGGAGAGGGAACCGUGUGGGACCGCGUGGGACGCCCAAGGCGGGACUGCAUGUGUUACCUGGGACCACCUACCACUCUCAUGCCCAUCGGCAUGCGGAAGUCGCCCGACGUCAGUCCCAGACGGCUGUCCGACAUCAGCCCCCAACUCCGGCAGCUGAAGUACCUGGUGGUGGACGAGUCCAUCAAGGAGGACCUGAAGUCGUCCCGUUCGGUGGAGGACAUCAACAGCGCGUCCAUCGAGGAGAGGAUCUUGAGAAUAACUGGCUAUUACGGUUACCAGCCAUGGAAGUCAGUUUACAACCGAGAGGACCGGCCGCGGGAGAACGCGUCAGGCGCGGCGGACGGACAGCCGGCCGGAGGUUUGGCGGGGGUGGAGUCGGGGGCCGGGAGACGGAGACUUCACUGUUGCGUGAGAGUGACAGCCGUGCAGGUGCGCAAAGCCUUGUGGGGCGUGGCCAUGGUGAUGUGCGUGUGCUCGUCCUGGGCUGGCUCCACCCAGCUGGCCAAACUGACCUUCAAGCGGUUCGACGCGCCCUUCACCCUCACGUGGUUCGCCACCACGUGGAACUGCCUCUUCUUUCCUCUCUACUACGUCGGACACUUGUGCAAGAGCCCGGAGAGGCAGACGCCCAAGCAAAGAUUCAGGGAGUGCUGUCGGUUCUUCGGCGAGGACGGACUGACGGCCAAGGUCUUCUUCACUAAGGUGGCUCCCUUCGGGCUGCUGUGGACCACGACCAACUACCUGUACCUGCAGGCGCUGCGCAAGAUCAACACCACCGACGCCUCGGCUCUGUUCUGCUGCAACAAGGCCUUCGUCUUCCUGCUGUCCUGGAUCGUGCUGCGUGACCGCUUCAUGGGCGUCAGGAUUGUCGCUGCCAUCUUGGCCAUCGCAGGCAUCGUGAUGAUGACGUAUGCAGACGGAUUCCACAGCCAUUCCGUUAUCGGAAUCACGCUGGUCGUGGCUUCUGCUUCAGCCUCUGCGCUGUACAAGGUGCUCUUCAAGCUGGUGCUCGGCAGUGCCAAGUUUGGGGAGGCUGCUCUGUUCCUCAGCAUUGUCGGGGGAGCCAACUUUGUCUUCAUUAGCUUCGUGCCAGUAAUUCUGUACUUCACCCACGUGGAGUACUUUGGGUCUCUGGACAGUAUUCCCUGGGCCAACCUCUGCGGAGUAGCAGCCCUCCUGCUAGCGUUCAACAUCCUGGUGAACUUCGGGAUCGCUAUAACGUAUCCGACGCUAAUUUCACUCGGGAUUGUGCUGAGUGUUCCUGUGAAUGCAAUGGUCGACCUGUACACCUGUGAGAUCCACUUCAACACGGUGCGGCUCAUCGCCGUCUUCAUCAUCUGCCUGGGCUUCCUGAUGCUGCUGCUGCCGGAGGACUGGGACCAGUGCCUGAUCCAGCUGAGCACCAGGCUGCGCAAGCGGGAGCAGCACGCCGAGCCGGCCGAGCCGGGAGCCGGAUCCAGCCUCAACUGGAGCCGAAGGACCAGGACCUCCAUGUCCACGUUCACGCACUGAUGGAUUUGACCGAUAAAGAAAACAUCGCCCAGAAACACUAGCAGGACAUUAAAACUGGUGGGACCACUUAGCAUGAUUGUUUUCAUAAUGAUGCUAACUGGCUUAUGCUAACUUUGAUUCGCUGUUAGCAGAGCUAGCGUUCUUCAUGGAGAUGACCAGCCCAGUCCUGCUUCAUCAGCAUGGCUAUCUCACCUACAGUCUGACCAAAGCGGUGGAACAUCUCCCUGUCUGCUUUUCACACGCUUCUCACUUACCUCUCCGCAGUUAAAGGAGGAUUCCACAGAAUGUUCAAAAUUUCAACAUGUUCAGAUGUAAACAGAGUCGUUCAGAGUGGUUUGGUGUGAAACUCUCCGUUCUAGAGUCAGAACU